AUGGCUCAGUUGGGAGCAAUUGUGGCAGUGGCUGCCAGUUUCUUUUGUGCAUCUCUCUUCUCUGCUGUGCACAAGAUAGAAGAGGGACAUAUUGGGGUCUAUUACAGAGGCGGUGCCUUGCUGACAUCAACCAGUGGCCCUGGUUUCCAUCUUAUGCUCCCUUUCAUCACAUCAUAUAAGUCUGUGCAGACCACACUCCAAACAGAUGAGGUGAAGAAUGUACCUUGUGGGACUAG